AUGCCGUCGAACGCGCACCCUGGCCUCUCCAGGCUCAAAUCCACCUCGACCUCGACCAAAACUCGCCUCGUUCUACGCGAUCUUACCCCGCUUCCAACCACCAUCUACUCGGAGAAGGCCAAAUACCCUGCUCAAUCACGUCUGCGACGCCCAAAGUGGUCGUUCCAGUUUCCUCUGCCCAGGGUGCUGAGAGGCCCCCCACCAACCCUAAUCUACCAACGUGAAGACCUACAACGAAUAUGGGAAUGGGAGGUAAAGAGUGGCCACUAUCCCCAUCGUCAAACCAUUCCCAAAUCCAUAAAGAUGCCCAAUUUUUUGGAAAACCCAGCAUUGCCUCCGAGUCGGAUAGGUGUUCCUAUUACGCCGAGUUAUGAUGGAGGUGUGCCAACGCGAGGGGCAGGUCCCAAGCGAAUAUACCUAGAUAUGACUCGCAAACCACCGAAUGUCGCGUACCCACACCGUCCCCUGCCAGGGAGCGUGGCUGAUUUGGACAUCAUCAUGGAACAUUGUGACUUUUCGCGGGGUAAAUAUGUAAGGGAUUGCUUGGAAGUGUUACGCGUUGGAGGAGGGCUGGAUAACGGACGACGAACGCGUCGGGGAAGAAUGGAUGAUUGGAGAUAUCUUUACAUCGAAGAUUCGCCUAUAGCCGCUUCACAGGAUCAAACCGUUCUCGAGGCUCCUGUUUCACGUCUUCACGUUGGACAUGACGACGACUCCGAUCCUAACGAAGGAUUGAGGAAGAAACGUGGGGUCCCAUGGGAAGUUCCUCCGAUCCGACUACCUCCCAUUUCCCCUCCCAAGGCAGCUUCGACUUCGUGCGAUCCGGAUCGACCCCGUCUCUUUCACAUGUUCUGGGCAGGUCCCUUCACAGACAAACCAUACGUCUCGCUUCUCUCUUUCCUCUUCACACAGAACCUCGGGAUGCACCAUGCACCUGGUCAACGGGAAAGGACUUGCCGACCACAGAUUUGGUUAUGGAUCAAUCCUAGGCCUGCAGCUGCGGCUCUCCCCAACCCAGAUGCGACUCGUCAAAUGGAGGACGAGCUAAAGUCAAAUCCGUGGUCUGCUCCAUUCUUGCACCAGCGCUUCAAAGACGUCAUCCAAUUCAAGCUUUGGAACACGACUGCGCAAUUCGAUUCUGUGCCCGAGUUGAAAGACGAAUGGAGGGGUAGGGAAUGGUUCUACUCGGCAGGAAAGAAGAUUGCUAGUACCAAAAAGUCCCAGGGAAAGGAAAGGGCGGGUAGCACUUCCUCCUCCACCUAUGACCGACUCUCUGUAAUCCUCUCGGACACUGCGCGUUUCAUCCUAUGCCACCGUUUCGGCGGGAUCUACCUCGAUGCGGACACCCUCUUCCUCCGGGACUACACCGAACUUCUCAACCAGCCUUCCGCAUUCGCCUAUCGGUGGUCCCGCCUCCCUCUCUACAACACUGCCGUUCUCAAACUUAAUAAAGGGAGUGCCCUGGGGAAGAUGAUCAUCAAGACGGCCGUGAAGAACGGGAUGGAUUUUCACCCGAUGAGUGUGGCGAGGUAUUUGAAGGAUGCGGGGAUGCAGAGGUUACUGGUGCGGUUGCCGGAUGCGAUGUUUGAUUCGGCGUGGUUAAAUGCUGAAGAGUACCAGAUCGAGAGGCCCCCUAUGCCAUACUUCACCAGCUUUGAACAGUUCUUCGAAACACCUGUUAAAGAGAGCGCUGUCCCUCAGGCUGUUGGGUUUGAUGGCUUCUUCAAGGGCGCGUAUUCGUAUCACUUUCACAACUUUUGGUGGAAGCCUUUCGAUCCGGUGCGCAAUUUCCCGGACUUGGGCCCUCGAUUCGAGGAGCCGGAGAGGAAGGCUCGGGCUGCUAUGCGGAGAGGGAAAGGCACGGAAGAUAUGGCUGACGAUAUGAUUGACAUUGACGUAGAUGAACGCGACCUGUCCUGGGCCACGGUGCUGAAGAGAACAUUCGAGGCGUAUGUGAGAGGAGAAAGACCUAACAUGUAUGGGGAGUGGUUGGACUGGGGAGAGGAGUAG